CCCCCUCUGCCCCGUCCUCCGCCACCAAGCGAUGAGAACGACCCGAGAUCCAUGGCUACAGCGGCCGCACCGGCCCGAUGGAAGCGGCGGCCAACCCUCUGCUGCUCACAACCAACGACCUGGGCCAUGGAUCUGCCGCAGUGGCCUCCCUCCUCUGUCUCCCAGGCUGCGUAGCUGCCUUUCCAUCUAGAGAUUUGGAGCAGCAAGCACCGGAUGCGGGAGGCCCGCGCUUGACCUCGCCGGCGACAUCGCAAGAUCUGCAGGAGCGCUCCGCCUCUUCAGUUCAAUGGACGGUGACGACCAAGACCCGGACGAGCUCGAUGGCCAGGUCCUCCACCCCGACCACCAUGAUUCCGCAGAGAACAAGCAAAAUUACAUAUUUUGUUCAUCGCACCUUGUUGUACUCACCGGCAAGCCUGAACAGCCUCUAACAUUGGUUUUCGUGGAGAGAAAAUGAGAAGCUGAUCCAUUGAGAUAUUGGCUAUACAACAGAUGUUUCCCUGCAACGGCGAUCCAUGGUGAAAGAACAAAGGAGGUUAAUACAUAUUUUGAACUCUUCUGUCACUUCCUAAUUUUUCCGUUAGCAACAAUAUAAAACUGCAAUGACCGCACGUUAUAGCUAAUAUUUUAGUUUGAGAUAUCUGCCAUGCUGUUUUAACACUAGAAGCUCAAGAACAGGUUACAUUUUUCUGAGCAUGUUAUAUACUUGUACGAGUUAGACUUCAUAAGCAUCAAGGAUAUAUCUAGCUUAAGCAUAUGUACACCUCUUGUUAUACUUAUGGGUCUGCUUGGAGUAUCUCUGCUAAGAUUUUAGCUAGUUUUAUCUACCUCGUGUCCACCUGUUCUGUUUGGCUGGAUAUAAAAACAAUUAGGAUGUAGUUAUCAUUACACUAUCAAUGAAAGUUGUAUGUAGUUACUCCAACAUGUGAUUCACAUUAUUUCUGAAAGAGGCAAAAGCUUUUGCAUAUUAAGAAAGAAAAAAUUGUCAAACUGUAAGUGUAUGCUAGAGUUGCAUAUGUAACAGGGACAUCUGCUCACAGAUUGCUGCUAGUCUAUUUCUUGUAACCAUGUGAAUGGAUUAUUUGUUAGACGGCACUCCUUUGGCAUUUUCUUAAAAGUUGCUUGAUCAGUCUAUACCACUUAAAUAUGUUAUGCAUUGUUUGAUGUUGUCUUUUUUUCCGGGGGACAUUGUUUGCUGGUGCCAGCGCUUCGAGAUGAACUUGCAACAUAAACAUUGAGUUUCAUGUGUAAACUUGUUUUCAUUUGAAGUUUACGCUACCUGGUUCGACCAUCAGAGGCUUCCCGUUGUGCAUAUGUUUAUUAGUGCUGCCAUAUUUUUGGCGUGUAGAUACUUUGUUAUUCUUAUUUGUAGGCACUGUAAGAUUUAAGAGCUCUGGACAGUACGUAAUUAAUUGUUUUCGUUUAUUCUAAUUCUUUUGUUUCUACUAUCUAUUCAUAUCACAAGCGAAAGCUCUAUCACAAGUAUCUAAUGUUGUUGUAAAUAUGCUGGGUAUGACGAUGAAAUGAUAGUUGCCUUCAGGUGGUUUGACGACAAGAAUCUCAAUGAUAUAGUACUUAGUUCUAUGAUGUGUGUUUCGAUACUUCAUCAUAAUUAUAUAUUAUUUCUACUAUCUAUUCAUAUCUACAAAUAUCUAAGGUUCUUGUAAAU